CAAAACACAAGAAGAAAACACACUCACACACACUCGUCGCUUCUGCCUAACCUUUCAUGUGAUUUCGUCGAAGCAAAAAGGAGAACACUCAAACUCAUAGCCCUUUUCGUGUCCUAAAAUUCCAACAAAAACCCCACACGUCGACGACUACUACUACUACUACUUCUUCACUUUUCUCUCUUUAGAUCUUUCUUAAUUAUUAGUGUUAUUAUUUAUUAUGUCUUUUCCAGCCCUGAAUGUAUUAGCGUAGACACAGAGAACGGAUAUGUCAGGACAGAUUGUGAAAGUUAAGAGAGAGAUAUUAGAGGCAUGCAUGACAUGCCCUCUUUGCAAUAAGCUCUUAAAAGAAGCUACCACGAUUUUUUCGUGUCUCCAUACGUUCUGCAGGAAAUGCAUAUAUGAAAAGCUCUCAGAUGAAGAGGUAGAUUGUUGUCCUGUAUGCAAUAUGAAUCUGGGUUGUCUUCCAGUAGACAAACUCAGGGCAGACCAUAAUUUGCAAGAUAUAAGGGCUAAAAUAUUUCCUUUUAAGAGAAGAAAAGUUAAGGCCCCUGAAAUUAUUCCUUCAAUUGCAUUGCCAGCAAAAAGAAAGGAGAGAUCAUUAUCGUCAUUGGUGGUCAGCACUUCCAAAGUGCCAAUUCAAACUGGCUUGACAGGAAGGAGAUCUAAAGCUGGUGCCAGAAAGGCUGCUGCAUUACGAGGAUGCAGUUUUACUGUUGAGGAAUCCAAGAAUGAAGAUUCUGCCAAAGAUAAUUUGAGCUCACCAGGGUCCCCUGUCAAAAGUAUUCAGAAGAGAAGGCUGGAUUCCUCUGUGGCUGAACCUUCUACUGAGCAAAGACCUAAUGAUGAUGGCGAGGAUGAUGAUGUUCAAAUGAUUGAAGGGAAGGCUGAUCUAUGGACGCCCUUGAAUUGUCUUGUUGAAGCUGCUAACAGAACCAAGUCCUCCAAGUCGCAUUCACAACGACUGUCUCUAGCCAAAUUUGGCCUGCUUGAUGGCCCUGAUAGCAAACCUCAUCUGUAUGAAUCCAGAGCAGAAUCACCCAAUGGUCAACACAGUGACAUAUAUAUGGCUAAAACAAAAAAUGAGCAUGGACAGGGAAUAAGAGUCCUAGAUGACAAGAAUGGAACAAAUUCGCUUCCUGUAUCAGUGAAGCGGAGAAGGUUAACAGCAGCACAAAAAAGGGCAGCUAUGUCUGAGGGGUUGGGUGCCUCAGCUCAAGCAAUGGUAGAUGCUGCAGCAGCUAAGAGCAAUAGAAGAAACGGUCCAAUAUGGUUCUCAUUGGUUGCCUCUGAAGACCAGAAAAGAGAUGCUUCCUUGCCACAGAUAUCCGCAUGCUACUUGAGGAUUCAGGAUGGUAAAAUGCCGGUGUCUUUCAUCCAGAAGUAUCUCGUAAAGAAACUCGAUCUUGGUAGUGAAACUGAGGUGGAAAUAAUGUGCCGGGGUCAGCCCGUCAGCCCAACUUUGCGAUUGCAGAACUUAGUAAACUUGUGGUUUUGUACUGGUUCAACGUCAAAAAAAGUAUCAGCAUCCGUGGGUUCCUCGGCAAAGGACUUCGUGAUGGUAUUGUCAUAUUGUCGAAAAGUCCAAGAGUCAUAAAAUAUACAUCUAAUCUCUCUCCCUUCUUGACUACUUACGUCUUCAGUAAAAAAAUAUAUCUUGUUGGAUUUUCAACAUCUGCAACCUUACUGUGAUCUUCAAAUCCAUCACUUGCAUCCUGCUUUGAAUCAUGCAUAUGAUUACACGUAUGAAUAUAUUUGAUUUCAUUUAUUGUA